UGACAGCGCCGGCAACUCAGGGUUUAGUUGCUGUGGACGGAGAGACAGGGACAUGUGCGGCCAUCGAGGACGGCCAGGGUGCCGGUGAGCCCCCCAACAUCUGCUUGGUGGAUGACCUGAUGAUGGGGCACAAGAAGAAGAAGUGUUAUGAGUGCGAAGUGUGUGGCAAGGCUUGGCAGUACCCGAGCCAGCUGGAGAUCCACCGGCGGGUGCACACGGGAGAACGCCCCUUCGACUGCUCGGAGUGUGGCAAGAAGUUCACCCAAUUCGCCAUCCUGCUGCAGCACUACCUCAUGCACACCGGCGAGCGGCCCUUCACCUGCUCCGACUGCGGCAAGAGCUUCAAGAGGGCGUAUCAGCUGAAGAUCCAUCGGCAAGUGCACACGGGCGAGAAGCCCUUUGGCUGCUCCACCUGCGGCAAGAGCUUUGCCCAGCCUGCGGGGUUGAAGCAGCACCGGCUGGUGCACACGGCCGAGAAGCUCCACAGCUGCUCCACCUGCGGCAAGACGUUUGUCCGGUCGUCGGGGCUGAGGCGGCACCAGCGGAUGCACAUGGGCGAGAAGCCCCACAGCUGCUCCACCUGCGGCAAGAGUUUUACCCAGUUGUCGGGGCUACAGCAGCACCGGCAGGUGCACAGCAAUGCGCGGCCCUUCACCUGUUCUGACUGCGGCAAAGGCUUCAAGUCGUCGCCGGUACUGAAGAUGCACAGGCGCCUGCACACCGGUGAGCGGCACUACACCUGCAGCGACUGCGGCAAGGGCUUCACCCGUUCAAACAAGCUGCUGGAGCACCAGCGCACCCACACCGGCGAGCGCCCCUUCACCUGCGCCCAGUGCGGCAAGGGCUUCAUCAACUCCUCCAACCUGCUGUCCCACCAGCGGGUGCACGCCUGCGACCGUCCCGUCUCCAGCCCGGUGUGUGGAGAGCGCUUUGCCGAGGCCUCCCCCGCCCUGUCAAACCAGCGCGUGCACACCAGUGGCCAGCCCUACGACUGCCCGUACUGCGGUGAGGAGUUUGACAGCUCGCGGGGGUUGCGGCAGCACCGGCGGACCCACGCCGGCGAGCAACUUCCCCCACCGUUUCAAAGGCGCACGGGGGCUGCGGAAGCACCAACGGAUACACAGACCAUGAUGGAGAAGGUGAGGACAGACUCUACGAUGGCAGUAUAAAACUGGACCAGCAUUGCCUGCGGCAAAUUGUGUUUUCUCAGCUGCCGCAGGAAGUACAUCCUCUGUUGGGCUUUUUUGACUGUGGAGUCGAUGGUGGCCUCCCGUUGAUCUCGCCAACAAUGAUUAGGAGGAAUGUUACAAACUUUUGAGAUUUGUAAAAUCAAGCCUGUAAUUUAUCCUAUUGAGGCGGCUCCCAAGGGUUGGGCCAUCCCAAUUAUCAAACCCCUCGGCACGGGAAUGGUUCAAUCCAGAGGCGGCCCUUAACCAGAGGGAUUAAAGGCAAGGGUUUGGGUGCCAUCUCUCUCUCUCGUGGACUUCCCUGCUACCUGGAAGGAUAUAAUAAAAGGCAUCUCCCGAAACACCUGGCUCCUCGUUUUCAGUUCGGGACCUACGCCCCCCCCCCCACACUAUCAGAUAAAACAUUAAAAUACCUUUAAUAUUUAGCUAAUUCACUUUCAUAUCGUCAGUAUUAAAAAAAGUAAUGGUCAUUUUCAUACUAGUAAAUUAGCAUCUUGUUCCCUAUUGUUUUUCUAUUGACUUAACUCAAAGUUGUGAUCGAGGAGGACAAGGGCUGAUUUACACAGACAUACAUACAGACCAGUCAUGGCCCCCGCCAUGUUAAACAUGACCGAUCUGUAUUCACUGUGGAAGUUUUUAGUCAGAUAUUUAGCAUGAAAAUAGUGAUCGUGGACAGACGAUCACACAAUACGGAAAAUGAUCAUGUUGCCGAUAACGGGGCCUAAUUAACUUAUUUUGCAUCAUCAGAUUAAAAUUAAAUUACACCAAAAACUAGAUAAGAACGUCCUAGAUAACUUUUGUUUUGUCCUGAACUUGCGAUCCGUGAUUUUGAAGGCCUUGAAUUUGAGCCCCGACUGUCAAACCCAGAGAUUCAAUAGACCAGCAACGUGUUGGGUAAAAAACGGAUGGCAGAACGUGAUUUCCUCUACAUCAUAAGCUUGUUGUACAAGGAAAUCCCUCCCUGACAACAAUGAAAAACCUGCAGUUCACUCCCCCCCCCCCAAAGCUUCUCGAGUCAUGUGCACAGCAGUCAGCAAAUCUGGAGCAGGGAUUGUAACAACGCCACAAUGAUCUAUUCUACAUUUUCCUUGAACUCUAUUCCCUUUCUCCUUUUCACUCCUUACACUUCCUUAUCUCUGCACCUCCCAU